AAAGAAGUCCAGCAGGUCCAGAAUCUUUAAACUCAGAUACACCUGCUGGCUUCUCCCUGCUGCUGAACUGCCAUAUAAGGGCUGAAUCUGGGGUCUGGAAGACACAAUGGGGUUUUCAAUCCCACUGUGUAUUCCUCUACUGCUGCUGAUCAGUGCAACUUCGAAUACUCUCUCUUCUGAUCCGUGCAAGACCUACACCUCUCUGGACCAACCCUGGAGAGCCAAUAAUGAGACUGGACUGGACAUCUGUGACAGUGACUUUUACUUUCACGGCUGGUACAGGUUGUUCUAUUAUGGAAUGAACAUCCGUUUGGCAGAGAGCUGUGUUGAUGUGAACAAAUGUGGGUCUUAUUACACUCUGUGGCUCAAUGGUGCUCACCCUCAGGUUGAGGAUGGGGUGGUCAGACGACAGGUUUGUGCAAAUGCAGGAAAUAACUGCUGUUUCUUUAGUUCAAUCUCAAUACAAGUAAAAGCAUGUCCAGGAGACUACUACGUGUACAAGCUCAUCAGACCACCCUACUGCAACAUGGCUUACUGCACAGAUGUCAGCACUAUAGCUCCAAACCCAACCCCAACUCCAGCCACAAACCUCAACACAAACAUGAUUUCCAGUCCUGCCGAUCAGAGUUUUGACCCCUGUAGUACCUACAGCAUUGUUGACGACUACUGGAGAAAUGCACGCAUUCAUAACUAUUACUACGUGGGUCAUGAUGACACUAUUGCUGAAUGGAAGGGUUGGUACAGACUGUACAUUGAGGGCAAAAGUGCACAAAUUGCUGACACUAACUGGUGUCAAGAAUACUAUACAAGAUGUGGAGGUAACACUCCACUGUGGCUCAACGGUUCUCAUCCACGGCUAGAAGAUGGCAUUGUCACCCGCGAAAUUUACAGAUCCCACAACUCCUGGAACUAUGGUUCACUGUGCACUUUUAGCAGAUCCCACUCAGUCCAAGUGAAGGCCUGUCCAGGAGGUUACUACGUCUAUAAACUCACCAAACCAGAUGUAUCACUCCCAAUGCCAACAUACUGUGCAGUUGCUUUUAACAGCCUCAGUUAUGAUCCGUGCCACAACUAUAUCUCACUGGAUCAACCCUGGAGAGCCAGUAAUGAGACUGGAUUGAGCAUCUGUGACAGAAACUUUGACUGGAACGGCUGGUACCGGCUGUUCUAUUAUGGGAUGAACAUCCAUAUGCCGGAGAGCUGUGUUGAUGUGAACAAAUGUGGCACUUAUCACAGUCUAUGGCUCAAUGGUCCUCACCCUCAAAUGGAGGAUGGAGUCGUCACUCGCCAGGUCUGUGGAAAUGCAGGAUAUGACUGCUGUUACUUUAGAUCCACUCCAAUUCGAGUAAAAGCAUGUCCAGGAAAUUACUUCGUCUAUGAGCUUGUUAGCACUGAAUACUGCAAUAUGGCCUACUGUACAGACAUUGGCAGCAUAACUCCGACUUCAGGAACAGAAUUGAGUCUAACCCCAAGUACGUGUCCUGCAUACACACACUGA